GGGUGUCGCGCGCGCGUAAAUCACAGAGAUGCGGAGAAUGCUGAGAGAAUGUUUCUUUAAGACCCAUUACCUUCCGAUCCGGCUGAGGGGGAGUCUGUGGUAAGGUGGCGGAUCGUCUCUCCCUUCCUGCGCCCUCCACUCCCCUCUUCCCUCCCUCUACAUGUGGGGGCAAACAACGCGAAGGGGCGCUCACACCUAAAUGGACGGAUAAGGGAUUUCUUUUUUUUUUUUUUUUUUUUAUUCCCGACGUUAAACAUGGACACUCCAGGCUCCCCGCGAUGACUGUGCACUUCCUCCUGGCGCAGUGAGGAGCUCUGCCGCGUGGACACCAUUUAAAGCCACCAGCCCACCUUUAUCCCUUUCUUUUCCUUACCCCUGUCCCAUCCAUGUCCCUCGCCAAUCCUAGCUACUCCCUGGAAGGGCAUCCCCGCAUUUGCCUCUUCCAGAUGAGCAGACUGAUCAUUCCCCAUGUAGGUCAGGACUUUGUGAUGGAAGACUAGUGAGCAAAGAGAGCAAAGGCAAAGGCAAUAAACAGAAGAAGAUGUGGAUAUAGACACGACCAAAGGGAUUAUAUUUUUUUUUUGAAUAUUUAAAGAUUUAUAUUUUAUACAUAUGACUUUUAGUACAAGCCCAUAAAAACAGCAAGGCACCACAGACAGUUUUGCGCGGACAAUCCCACAUUUAGUUUCUUUUAUAAGCUCCACUCAACCGCCGUGGUCUCAUGAUGAUGUGCGAGGUGAUGCCCACCAUAUCCGAGGAUGGGCGGAGCGGCACCGGGGGAGGACCCACCUCGCCUCCGGGAGCUGGGGUGGGAGGGGGUCCAGCCGGAGCGAUGGGCACAGGGGGGUUCAGCAGCAGGGAGCCCAGAGGAGACGAAGGAGGCAGCACCGGCAACCUGGAGUCUCUGAUGGUCAACAUGCUGACGGAGAGGGAGAGGCUGCUGGAGAACCUGAGGGAGACGCAGGAGAGCCUGGGCACGGCACAGCUCCGCCUCCGUGAGCUCGGCCACGAGAAGGAGUCCCUCCAGAGGCAGCUGUCCAUAGCUUUGCCACAGGAGUUUGCCGUGUUGACUAAGGAGCUGAACGUUUGCCGGGAGCAGCUUCUUGAGAGGGAGGAGGAAAUCGCUGAGCUCAAGGCGGAGAGGAACAACACACGUCUGCUGCUUGAGCACCUGGAGUGUCUGGUGUCCCGCCACGAGCGCAGUUUGAGGAUGACUGUGGUGAAGAGGCAGGCCCAGUCCCCUGCGGGGGUGUCCAGUGAGGUGGAAGUCCUCAAGGCACUCAAAUCCCUGUUUGAGCACCACAAAGCCUUGGAUGAGAAGGUUCGAGAGCGGCUCCGCGUGGCCCUCGAGAGGGUGUCCAUGUUAGAAGAUCAACUUGCAGCGUCUUCUCAAGAGGUAAUCUCUUUAAGAGACCAAAUUAAAAGACGUCAACAAGGGGUGGACGGCGGGAAAGAUCGGCUCCCCAACGGUCCCUCGUCUGGGCUGGAGGACGGGGAGCUGGAGAGGCAGAGAGAAGGGGAGAUCGAGCGGCAGAAAGCGGAGCUGUCCCAGCUGAGGGAGAGGCUGGCCCUCAUGUGCCGGCAGGUCGGAGAAAUAGAGGAACAGCUUGCUGCCGCCAGGAGGGAGGUGACGAAGACGGAGGAGGCCAAUCAGAAGCUCCAAAGGGAAGUGAAAGAGGCUCUUUGCCAAAGAGAAGACAUGGAGGAGAGAAUUACAACGCUAGAGCGAAGGUAUCUCAGUGCCCAGAGGGAGGCGACCUCUCUCCAUGACAUCAAAGACAAGCUGGAGAACGAGCUGGCCAGCAAGGAGUCCCUGUACAGACAAAGUGAGGAGAAGAACAGGCAGCUGCAGGAGCGUCUGGACGAGGCCAAGCAGAAGCUCCAGCAGACCCUGCAGAGGGCAGAGACGCUGCCGGAAAUCGAGGCGCAGCUCGCUCAGCGGGUCGCGGCUCUCAAUAAGGCAGAAGAGCGGCACGGAAACUUCGAGGAGCGACUACGGCAAAUGGAAGCCCAGCUCGAGGAGAAAAAUCAAGAACUACAAAGAGCGCGACAGCGGGAGAAGAUGAACGACGAACACAACAAGCGGCUCUCGGAUACGGUGGAUAAGCUCCUGUCCGAGUCCAACGAGAGGCUGCAGCUCCACCUCAAAGAGAGGAUGGCUGCGCUGGAGGAGAAGAACGCUCUGUCCGAGGAGCUGGCCAACAUGAAGAAAAUCCAAGAUGAUCUUCUCGCUAACAAGGAUCAGCUCCUAGCUGAGCUUGAACGGGUCCAACUGGAGCUGGAUCAGCUGAGAGGCAGGCCCGGCUCCUCUUAUUCCAGGGCGGGCAGCGUGAGCUCACUUCCCUCCACCCUUUUUCGAAGAUCUCUUCCAGGGAGCGCCUCGGAGCUGCGGUACCCUCAGGGCGGGGGUUCGCUCCCGGCCGGCUACGGCAGCUCCACCAGCGGGGUGGUGGUCAGGCGGGCCCACCGCGGCCGCUGGGGGGCCCCCAGGGACGAUGGCGGCAAGUAUGGAGAGUGGGACAGCGGCAACAUGCUGCCUCCUGGGUUUGAGGGCGGAGUUGAAGGCGGAUGCUCUGAUGACGAGGACGACAGAGAGACUCUGUUUGGAUCUGAGCUUCUUUCUCCUAGCGGACAGACGGAUGUACAGACUUUGGCCAUCAUGCUUCAGGAGCAACUGGAGGCUAUAAACAAGGAGAUCAAGCUGAUUCAGGAGGAGAAGGAGAGCACGGAGUUGAGGGCAGAGGAGAUUGAGAGCCGGGUGAGCAGCGUGGCUCUGGACGCCUCUCCUCUUCCGCCGUCCUCACUGGGAGGACGGGACAGCAUGGGGAGAGGCUAUAUGACCCCUUCCAUCACGUCCUCCACGCUGGCGUCUCCUUCGCCUCCCAGUUCUGGGCAUUCCACCCCCCGCCUCCCACAUUCACCCGCCAGGGAGACUGACAGACAGAAUAGCAAAGAGGGCGAAGAAUGCAGAGCGCUCGCCCUCAUCGACUCGACGCCUCCGCCCGUCCCUCGAGCCCUACGAUUGGACCGGAUGACCCACACUCACCCGGGAGCUGGCCUGGACGACCACCGCGAGUUCCGCAGUCUUUCUGCUGAUGGUGCCACCACCGCCAGCCAGGACUCCCUUCACAAAACCACCAAAAAGAAGAGCAUCAAGUCCUCGAUCGGCCGCCUGUUUGGCAAAAAGGAGAAGGGAAGAAUCGGCACACCUGGGCGAGAAUCUACCUCGCUGGCCUCGACUCCUUCUGAUGACCUCGGCUCAGCUGACCCAUUAGGCCUGGUAAAACUUGGGACGGGAACAGUAGAGAAAGAUCGCCGCAACAAAAAGAAGCAUGACUUGUUAGAAGAAGCCUGUCGUCAGGGUCUUCCUUUCGCCUCAUGGGACGGCCCCACUGUGGUCACAUGGCUGGAGCUGUGGGUGGGGAUGCCAGCGUGGUACGUGGCAGCCUGCCGCGCCAACGUGAAGAGCGGCGCCAUCAUGGCCAACCUGUCGGACACGGAGAUUCAGAGGGAGAUCGGGAUCAGCAACCCUCUGCACAGGCUCAAGCUUCGUCUGGCCAUCCAGGAAAUGGUCUCUCUCACCAGUCCCUCGGCGCCUGCGAGCACUCGCUCCUCAACCAGCAAUAUUUGGAUGACACACGCUGAGAUGGAGUCGCUCGCUGCUGCCACCAAACCGGAGCAGAAGGAGUUCAGCUGGGAUCAGAUUCUGGCCCAUGGAGACAUGAACCACGAGUGGGUGGGAAACGAAUGGCUGCCUAGUCUUGGUCUACCCCAGUAUCGCUCUUAUUUCAUGGAGUCACUGGUCGACGCACGCAUGCUCGAUCACCUCACCAAGAAGGAACUGAGAGGUCAGCUGAAGAUGGUGGACAGUUUCCACAGGGUGAGUCUUCACUAUGGGAUCAUGUGCUUGAAGCGCCUGAACUACGACAGGAAGGAGCUGGAGAGGAGGAGGGAAGAGAGUCAGCAUCAGAACACAGAUGUGAUGGUGUGGUCCAAUGAGCGAGUCAUGUGUUGGGUGCAGUCGAUCGGUCUGAAAGAGUUUGCAGACAACCUUUUAGAAAGCGGCGUUCACGGGUCCCUCUUGGCCCUCGACGAUACCUUUGACUACACGGACUUGGCCCUUCUUCUUCAGAUACCCAAUCAGAACACGCAGGCGAGGCAGCUUCUGGAGAAGGAGUAUAACGCUCUGAUCUCCAUGGGAACAGAAAGGAGGCCGGAUGAGGACGGCACAAAGACGUUCACGCGCUCGCCGUCGUGGAGGAAGAUGUUCCGGGAGAAGGACCUCCGCGGGGUCACGUCCGAUUCCUCCGAAACGCUACCUGCCAAUUUCCGUGCCUCCGCCAUCUCGACGCCCUCUGUCACGUUGAGGAAGGUCCAGAGUGAAGCAAACUCCGGUCCCAGAGGAGAGUCGGGUUCUGUGAGAACAUAUUCCUGCUAAACAUAAGCACACCAGAACCCACUUGUACUCCAAACUGAUUUUUCAAGAAAAAAAAAAAAAUACCGAAGAGCAAAUAUUAAAAAUGGACACCAGAAGACGACCAACAGCCUUCGUGUCCCAAAACGAUCAAAGACAGUGUGUGAAUGAUUUCUGAAAAGAUGACAAAACUACGAGCGAAUGUCCAUUUAUCCAUCCGUUUCUCCCUCUCCUUUACUCUCUCUCUCUCUCUUCCUGUCUCUUUCUCUCCAUAGUUGUGGCAUGAUGAUGAUGUUUGAAUCUGUAGAAAGUGGUCUGUAGAAAGUGACCAUCGCCUAUCGUGAACUCAUCUUCUUUUUCUGAGCGUGAGACGGCAAUAUUGACACAAUGAAUUUACAGGUUUUUUUUAAACUAGGAGGGUGGGGGGGUGGGGGUGGGGUUUGCAUUCCUGAUCAGAUGGGGAGAAAUUUUCACCUGAUGUGACUCUGACUUAGACCGAUAAGGAGGAAAUACUCCGCCUGAUGACGUCCCGGCACGUGAAAAUGUGCCGAAGUGGAGGUUUGAGCGGAGGACCGCCGCGCGUUCUGAAGCCAUAGUGGAGAUGAGAUGCACAAAUGUGAAUAGGACCAAUGACCAGAGAGUUGGAAAAGUGCUUUACGGGAAACUCCUGAUCCAACCGGGAUU